AUGGGUGCGCAACAGUCCUCCAGCCAGGGUAGUGGCAACGACGCCGCAGCUCCCACGCAAAAGACGUGCUACUACGAGCUGCUAGCAAUCGACAAACAUGCUACCGAUGAAGAGAUCAAAAAGGCCUACCGUAGAAAGGCGCUCGAACUCCACCCCGACCGUAAUCUAGAUAAUGUUGCCGUCGCGACCCAGAAGUUCGCAGAAGUCCAAUCCGCCUACGAGGUCCUCUCCGACCCCCAGGAGAGGGCAUGGUACGACUCCCACCGUGAUGCCAUCCUCCGCGGGGAGGACGCCGACGGCGGCGGCGGCGACCAACCUUCGACGUUCCGCAAUGUUCGCCUGACCUCCACCGAGGAGAUCCUGAGCCUGAUGCGAAGAUUCAACACCACAAUACCCUUCAACGACGAGCCCACGGGCUUCUACGGGAUCGCGCGGGAGACCUUCGAACACCUGGUCCUGGAGGAGCAGGCCGCCGCCGACUUCGACGAUGUCGACUGCCCCGACUACCCCACCUUUGGCCAGAGCGACGACGACUACGACACGGUAGUCAGGACCUUCUACAGCUCCUGGGCCAACUUCUCGACGAGGAAGUCCUUCUCGUGGAAGGACAAGUACCGGCUGUCAGAUGCCCCCGACCGUCGCGUCCGCCGCCUAAUGGAGAAGGAGAACAAGAAGCUGCGCGAGGACGCCGCGCGCGAGUUCAACGACGCCGUCCGGUUCCUUGUCACCUUCGUCCGGAAGCGCGACCCCCGAUACCUUCCCAACAGCCAGACCGAGUCCGACCGCCAAAAGGCCAUGCGCGACGCGGCGGCGGCGCAGGCGGCCCGCUCGCGCGCAGCCAACCAGGAGAAGCUCGCCUCGGCCCAAGUUUCAGAUUGGGUGACGGCCCGGGAGAACGAGGUCGAGGAGGACCAUUUCGAGGAGUCCGAGGAGUCCGAGGAGGAAGAGUCUGAAAUCGAGGUUCUGGAAUGUGUUGUGUGCAACAAGGAGUUCAAGAGUAUAAACCAACUCGAGGCUCACGAGAGAAGUAAGAAGCACACCAAGGCUGUGCAGCAACUUCGUCGUCAGAUGAGGAAGGAGGGUGCCGAGUUGGAGCUGGACUCGGGGACGAAAUCACAUACGAAAGAAGAAGCGAACUCAAAGUCGAAAUCGAAAUCAAAGGACAACUUAGAUUCGGAAUCAGAAACCGAGGCUGAUGCGCCGCAGGCUCAAAGUCCCUCCUCACCAAGCAUUGCACCACAAGAAGAUCUAGCUGCAGAGGAUAGCAAGAACAACGAAUCGCAAGUUCCCGAGCAGGAUGCCGAUACGCCCAGUUCUGACGACGGUGAUUAUGCGCCUCGCAGCGCUGUUCAGGAUCGGUUGUUCGAGUCGGACUUACACGUUGUUGUGGACGAAGACGACCAAGAGCUGGCUGCAGCGUUGGGCGAAACCUCCAUCAACGAAACUGCCGCACCAGAAAAGAAAAAAGGAAAGGCAAAAAUGAAGAGAGAAAAGAAGGCGGCCCGUGAAGCAGAGGCUACAGACACACAUCGAUGCGGUGUGUGCCAAGAGACGUUUCCGUCACGGACAAAGUUGUUUCAGCAUAUUAAUGAUGAGGGUCAUGCUACGCCUGUGCCAUCAAGUACCAAAAAACGCCCCAAGGGCACGAGGAAGCGAUAG